AAACAAAAAUGUGGUUGGUCAAAAAAAAAAAAAAAAAAAAAAGGUUAAAGGUGGUAAGCCAACCAAACCCAAAUGACGGUGGCAAGACCAUACAAUAACAAGCAACAACUACUUCCAUUUAGUAUCCUCCACCCACCCUCCCCUUAUCCUGCGCACGUUAUCAUCUCCCCCACCCACCACCCCCUAACCCCAUGGCCAAUCAUCCUUCUCUCUCUCCUCCUUAUUUACUUUUCAAACCCAUCAUCUUCUUUCUUUCUCUCUCCUCUUUUUACCCAUUAUGGCUUCCGCUUCUCCCUCCGACAACCCCUAUCCGGCAACCAAUAACCCUAAUCCAAAUCCUAGUCCACCUACCACCCGCAAGUUUCCGGCUCCAUGUUGGACUCAAGAUGAAACGCUAGCGUUGAUCAAUGUUUAUCAAGACAAAUGGUAUUCUCUUCGCCGCCGUAAUCUUCGUACUGCUGAUUGGGAAGCUGUUGCGGAUGAGGUGAAUCGUCGUUGCCCUAAUCAAGAUACGCCCAAAUCUUCUGCUCAGUGUCGUCAUAAAAUGGAGAAGCUACGAAAACGGUAUCGGGCUGAAAAGCAGCGGAUCGGCUCUCUUCCUCCUCAUAUUAGUUAUAAUAACAGGUUCUUCCCUCCUUCUUCUUGGGUGUUUUUUGAUCUUAUGGAUACUAUGGAAAUUGGACCGGUUUCCAGGUCUGGAUCUGUAUCUGGGGUUGUACCUGUUAGUAUUAAUGGUAACAAUUCUAAUGAUGUUAAUUUAUUGAAAGAUGGAGAUAAAUUGAGUAUGAUUCAGAAUGGAGAUUUUGUGGAGGAGGAGAAACAGGAAAAAAAUGAUUUAGGGAAGUACUUUGAUGAGAUUUUGAUGGGUAUGGGUAAACGGGUUGGGAGUAGUAGUGGGAGUAGUUCAAUGAAGCUUAAGUUGAAGAAUCCGAAUCAUAAUCAUAAUGAUAGAUACAUUGAUGAGAAUGAUGAAGGAUAUAAUAAUGAUUAUAACAAAUCUGGUAGAAAUAUUGUUUCUGGGUUGAUGAAGAGGAAAUUUGACAAUGGUGGUGGUGGUAGAUACGGGAAGGAUUGGUCAUCAUCGAAAAUGAAGGGAGUUGAUGCGGUGGUGGAGGAGAUGGCGGCGUCCAUAAAGCUAUUGGCGGAAGGAAUGGUGAGGAUGGAGACAAUGAAAUUAGAAAUGAUGCAAGAUAUUGAGAGGAAAAGGAUGGAAAUGGAGAUGAAAAAGAAUGAGAUGAUGCUUGAAUCUCAACAUAAUAUCAUUAAUGCAUUCAUUCAAGGAUUGAAGAAGCAUAAUAAGAAGGUUAAAGUUAAUCAACAACAAUGAACUUAAGAUCAAUAUUAAGAAUUAAAGAUCAAUCAAUCAAAUCAAUUAAAGAUCAAUUAUGGUUCUUGUGAUAGGGUUUGAUUCUCACGGCUACACCAAGAAUUCAUUUAUGUAAGGGAUUAUUCAGCCUUAUCCCGAUGUAAAAAAAAUGUAAGAAGUUGUAUGUUUUUAAGUGGUUUUUAAGAAUAAUGUAGUGUAGUUGAUAGUAGUAUAUAGAUUGAUGAGUGAAUUGAGUAAAAAUGCUUGUUGGAAACCAAUUUUUGGUUGGAAGUUAAUGAGUAUUGUUUAGUUCAACUUUCAUCUUAUGGCUUUGGUUUGGUACUAAGUUAACAAGGUUGUGGCUUUUUAAACUACUAAGCAAUGUAAAAUUUUUAGUUUAGAGAAUGAACUAUUGCCUAUUGGGUGAUGUUUAUGGUUUGUAGUACUUACUAUUUUGGGAAUUGAUGAAAUUUCAUUGUA